ACCCAUUCUUGGCUCCCAGCGGUACGAUCCUCAUAGGCCCAGAGUGUUUUGCCGCAAUGAAGAAAGGACGCGCAGCAAAACAAUGCAAGAUGCGAAUGGCCCAGGGUUGCCAGGUGGCAACACUGCUGAAUUGCGCGGACAACAGCGGAGCCAAGAAUCUAUACAUCAUAGCAGUCAUUGGCAUUGGCGGCCGCUUGAACAAGCUGCCCAACUGCUCGCCGGGAGACCUUGUCCUUUGCAGCGUGAAGAAAGGCAAGCCAGAAUUGCGGAAGAAAGUGCUGAAAGGUGUCGUGAUUCGCCAGAAGAAGGCAUGGCGACGACGUGAGGGCGUCUUUGUCUACUUUGAGGACAACGCUGGCGUCAUCGUCAACGACAAGGGCGAGAUGAAGGGAUCGGCCAUCCAAGGACCUGUUGCCAAAGAAUGUGCAGAGCUGUGGCCAAAAAUUGCGUCCUGCGCUCCCGCAAUUUGCUGAGACAUGGGCCGAGACAUGAGAGAUCAAAAGCCUCAGCUUUUUUUUUUUAAUCUAAGGAUGGGC